AUGAGUGGAAAGUUUGUCAGAGCUUCUAAAUAUCGUCAUGUCUUUGGACAAGGUUCCAAGAAGGAGUUGUGUUAUGAAAAUCUUAAAAUCACAAAAAAUGCAUGGGACUCUAAUAUCAUUCAAACUAACGGGAGAUAUAUAUCUGCCAAUUGGGAUGCAUCAGGAGGUGGAGCGUUUGCAAUUAUCCCUGUUGAAGAAGUAGGUAAAGCCCCGGAUAAGGUUUCAUUGUUUAGGGGCCACAAGGGCCCUGUUUUGGAUACUGCGUUCAACCCAUUUGAUUCUCAAGAAGUCGCCAGUUGUUCAGAUGAUGGAAAGAUUUUGAUUUGGAAGAUUCCUGAAGAUUAUUCCUUUCACCACUACCUUGACGACAAUGAGGAAAUCAAGGACAUAACUGAACCUGAAAAGAUCUUGCUGGGACAUACUAGGAAAGUCGGUUUGAUUGAGUACCAUCCUUGUGCAGCAAAUGUUUUGGCUUCAAGCUCUUUGGACUAUACUGUUAAAAUUUGGAAUACUGAGACCGGUAAGGAUGAAAUUACAUUGCAGCAUAAGGACUUAGUGACAUCUUUUGCCUUUAAUUACAAUGGAUCUUUGUUGGCUACUACGUCUAGAGACAAGAAACUUAGAAUUUGGGAUAUAAGGUCAGGAAAAGUGUUAUCCGAGGGACCCGGCCACACAGGGGCCAAACCAUCAAGAAUAAGAUGGUUAGGGAACACAGACAGGAUAGUCACUACUGGGUUUUCCAAGUUGUCGGACCGUCAGGUUGGUAUUUGGGACAUCCAACAUAUUGAUGAAGGUCCAGUUGGUGGAUUCAUGGUCAUUGAUGCAUCUUCGGGUGUUUUGAUUCCAUACUUUGAUCCCGAAAACUCGAUUUUAUAUCUCGCUGGUAAGGGUGAUGGUAACAUUCGUUAUUAUGAGUAUGACAAUGAUGUAUUACAUGAGUUGUCCCAAUAUUCUUCUACCGAUCCACAAAGAGGAUUUGCAGCUGCACCAAAGCAUUCAGUCAAUGUAAAGGAAAACGAAGUUGUGAGAGCGUUCAAGACAGUAUUGGAUACUCUGAUUGAACCAAUAAGUUUUAUUGUGCCUAGAAGAUCUGAACUAUUUCAACUGGAUAUAUAUCCUGACUGUCCUUCGACAACCCCGGCCCUCAGUGCACUGGAAUGGUUUGAUGGUAAAGAAGUUAAUGGACCGGUUUUGAUCAACAUGGAAGCCCUUUACGAAGGGACAGAACCAAGUUUGAAGGAUAGUAAACCUGCAACCAAAGUUUCGGAAGUCAAGGAGGCAAAGAAUAGAGAUUUGGAAAAGAAAAAGGAAGAAGCAAGCAAGAAGAAGGAAGAAGAGGAACAAAAGGCAAAGGAGGCAUCGGGUGGAGACAAAUCAGAACCAGCCAAGAAUGUAACUGAAGCCGCCUCUUCUUUAAAUGGUACCCCCGAUAAGAAUGUAGACGAGUUGUUGCAAAAAUCAAAUGAAGUCGGAGAUUUGUUGAACAAAGUGGCCAAUCGAUCCGAUGAAGAGAGUUCAAGUGAAACUGAAGAAUCAAAAGACGAUGGAUGGGAAGAGGUGAAAAAGCCCGAAACUAAGUCAGUUUCCCCUUUAGAGAGUAAACCGAAGGAAGCGAAAGUCGUUGAGAGCGAGAAGCCUUCACCAUCGAGCAAUGAAAAAGAACUGCAGAAAUUAACCACGCAAACAAAAGCAGCUUCCCCAGAACCUAUAUCUGUAGAUGACAAGGAAAAGAGCCCAAGCCGUAGCGAAAAUGUUGCCACACCUCCUACCAAAGAUGAAUCAAAGGAAGAGAGAAAGAGUUCUGACGACAAGUCAACCAAAACCUCCAACGCAAAGCCCACGUUAGCCUCCACUAUUGAAAAAUUGUCCAACUUGGUGUCACAAUUUGAGUCACACAUAGUUAAGUUGGAAAAUGCGAACUUAGAUAAAGACCAAAGAUUAAAAGCUUUAGAAGAGAAAAUUGAGAGUUUACUUAAAAAGUAG